AUGACAGGUUUGCACCUUGCAGCAUACUUUGGACUUGAGAGGACCACGUCAAAGUUGCUUGAGAGGAAUGCCGUCGUCGAUUCUCAGGAUGAAGAUGGCCGAACUCCGCUCUCAUGGGCGGCUCGGGAUGGAGACAAUGUAGUGGUGGAGCUAUUGCUUGAGAAUAAAACCGAGAUGGAAUCUUCCGAUAGUGAAUACACCCAGACUCUGCCCUCAGAUGGCAUAGACCCCACUGAGGAUGCUCUCGCCUUUGAGGACAAGCAGUCUGCUCCAGGACUGAAGCUGCUAAACGUCCAGGAUUCUUACGACAGUCUUUUCGUUCUACCUCGCGUCUGA